AACACAGUCUUCACUGUUUGAAUUUUCUUGACCAUGUCCUAGGAGAUGUUUAUUUUCCUCUUUGUUGUUUAUAACUAGCCAACCACAUUGUCUAUGAUAGAAACCGUACCAAAAUCAAUGGAGAGCUUUGAAAUCCUUGGUGGAUGCCUUUUGUUCCUCUCUUUGUUAUCCAUUUCCUCCACUUUGGACAUGAUUACUCCGACCCAACCUCUGAGAGAUCGUAUGAAUGAGAAUGUAACUCUUGUCUCAACAAAUGGAACCUUUGAAGCAGGAUUCUUCAGCCCUGGAAAUUCCCGUAGCCGUUACCUUGGAAUUUGGUACAAAACCAUAUCCCCCAGAACAGUGGUUUGGGUGGCCAACAAAGAAACACCACUUCAAGACCACUCUGGAGUCUUAGAACUAGACAGUGAUCAAGGGUUUCUUAGUAUAAAAAAUGGCGCAGGAGCCCAAAUAUGGUCCUCAAAUGCAUCAUCAAACACACCAAGCAAACCAGUUGUCGUGGAGUUGUUGGAAUCAGGAAACAUGGUUGUGAAAGAUGGCCAUGAUAACUUUUUAUGGCAAAGCUUUGAUUACCCUGGUGAUACUUUUCUUCCAGGAAUGAAGCUUGGAAUGAACUUGAAAACCGGUCAUCACCGAGCUCUGAGAUCUUGGAAAUCCCUCUACGAUCCUACUCCAGGUGAAUUUUCAUUUGGUGUUGAUACUCGUGGCCUUCCUCAACUAGUUAUCACGAAGAGUGAUGACAUAGUUUAUAGACCAGGCUCUUGGAAUGGUGUUAGAGUCACAGGAGUACCUGCACAAGGAUCUCACCCAUUAACGAAAUCCCUUUUUGUUAUGAAUGAAGAUGAAAUCUUCUAUGAGAUUCAACUCUUGAAUAGUUCAACUAAACUGAGAAGCAGAUUGCUCCCAGAAGGGUAUCAAAUACGUUUAAUAUGGUCAGAUGAGGGUGAAAAAUGGGAUACUGUAUACUCUGGUUCGUUUGAUGAGUGUGAGAGAUAUGGUAUGUGUGGUGCUAAUGCUAUUUGCAACGUGAGUGGAGAACCUCAGCACUGCGAAUGUUUGAGUGGAUUCAAAUCCAAAGCUGCGGAUUCAACUUGUGAUCGAAUUAGACCUCUGGAUUGCAACAAGGGAGAUAGUUUUAAGAAGUACGAGGGAGUGAAAUUGCCAGACACAUCUUCAUCUUGGUAUGAUACGAGAAUGAGUCUUGAGGAAUGCGAGAAAUUGUGCUUGAGCAACUGCGCUUGUACUGCAUAUGCUCAAUUGAAUAUCAGUGCCAACGGAAGUGGCUGCUUGCAAUGGUUUAAUGACAUUGUUGACAUCAGGACACUAGCAGAUGGACAAGAUUUUUAUCUGCGAAUUGCAGCUUCAAAAUUUCAAGAUCACGCCUUAAACAGGAAGAUAGGAGGAAUUAUACUUGGCUGCACUAUAUUCAUCAUCGCCAUUGUAGUAUUUGGAUUCAUAUUUUGCCUUAGGAGGAAUAAACUCAAGCAGUCAGGUGAACCAACCACAUUGUCUAUGAUAGAAACCGUACCAAAAUCAAUGGAGAGCUUUGAAAUCCUUGGUGGAUGCCUUUUGUUCCUCUCUUUGUUAUCCAUUUCCUCCACUUUGGACAUGAUUACUCCGACCCAACCUCUGAGAGAUCGUAUGAAUGAGAAUGUAACUCUUGUCUCAACAAAUGGAACCUUUGAAGCAGGAUUCUUCAGCCCUGGAAAUUCCCGUAGCCGUUACCUUGGAAUUUGGUACAAAACCAUAUCCCCCAGAACAGUGGUUUGGGUGGCCAACAAAGAAACACCACUUCAAGACCACUCUGGAGUCUUAGAACUAGACAGUGAUCAAGGGUUUCUUAGUAUAAAAAAUGGCGCAGGAGCCCAAAUAUGGUCCUCAAAUGCAUCAUCAAACACACCAAGCAAACCAGUUGUCGUGGAGUUGUUGGAAUCAGGAAACAUGGUUGUGAAAGAUGGCCAUGAUAACUUUUUAUGGCAAAGCUUUGAUUACCCUGGUGAUACUUUUCUUCCAGGAAUGAAGCUUGGAAUGAACUUGAAAACCGGUCAUCACCGAGCUCUGAGAUCUUGGAAAUCCCUCUACGAUCCUACUCCAGGUGAAUUUUCAUUUGGUGUUGAUACUCGUGGCCUUCCUCAACUAGUUAUCACGAAGAGUGAUGACAUAGUUUAUAGACCAGGCUCUUGGAAUGGUGUUAGAGUCACAGGAGUACCUGCACAAAGAUCUCACCCAUUAACGAAAUCCCUUUUUGUUAUGAAUGAAGAUGAAAUCUUCUAUGAGAUUCAACUCUUGAAUAGUUCAACUAAACUGAGAAGCAGAUUGCUCCCAGAAGGGUAUCAAAUACGUUUAAUAUGGUCAGAUGAGGGUGAAAAAUGGGAUACUGUAUACUCUGGUUCGUUUGAUGAGUGUGAGAGAUAUGGUAUGUGUGGUGCUAAUGCUAUUUGCAACGUGAGUGGAGAACCUCAGCACUGCGAAUGUUUGAGUGGAUUCAAAUCCAAAGCUGCGGAUUCAACUUGUGAUCGAAUUAGACCUCUGGAUUGCAACAAGGGAGAUAGUUUUAAGAAGUACGAGGGAGUGAAAUUGCCAGACACAUCUUCAUCUUGGUAUGAUACGAGAAUGAGUCUUGAGGAAUGCGAGAAAUUGUGCUUGAGCAACUGCGCUUGUACUGCAUAUGCUCAAUUGAAUAUCAGUGCCAACGGAAGUGGCUGCUUGCAAUGGUUUAAUGACAUUGUUGACAUCAGGACACUAGCAGAUGGACAAGAUUUUUAUCUGCGAAUUGCAGCUUCAAAAUUUCAAGAUCACGCCUUAAACAGGAAGAUAGGAGGAAUUAUACUUGGCUGCACUAUAUUCAUCAUCGCCAUUGUAGUAUUUGGAUUCAUAUUUUGCCUUAGGAGGAAUAAACUCAAGCAGUCAGAAACAGAGUACUGGAAGGAGAAGAAUAAGAACGAUGACAUUGAUUUACCAAUAUUCGAUUUUUUAUACAUCUCCGAUGCCACAAAUAACUUUUCUGAGAGUAAUAAAUUGGGACAAGGGGGAUUUGGACCAGUGUACAAGGGCAUAUUAUCAGAUGGGCAAGAAAUUGCAGUUAAGAGGCUUUCCAAAACUUCAGGACAAGGUUUGGACGAGUUUAAGAACGAAGUUAUGUUGAUUGCAAAACUUCAACACCGCAAUCUGGUAAAGCUUCUUGGUUGUUCUUUUGAGCAAGAGGAAAAGCUGCUAAUUUAUGAAUUCAUGCCAAAUAGAAGCUUGGAUUACUUUAUUUUUGAUUCAAUAAGAAGUACAUCAAUAGGUUGGGCUAAGAGAUUUGAAAUCAUUGAUGGAAUUGCUAGAGGACUCCUCUAUCUUCAUCAAGAUUCUAGACUGAAAAUCAUUCAUAGGGAUCUCAAGACUAGUAAUGUUCUUCUUGACAGCAAUAUGAAACCAAAAAUAUCAGAUUUUGGUAUGGCUAGGAAAUUUAACCUAGAUCAAGAUGAAGCAAACACAAAUAAAGUGAUGGGAACAUAUGGUUAUAUGCCUCCCGAAUAUGCUGUACAUGGAUCAUUUUCAGUCAAAUCAGACGUAUUUAGUUUUGGCGUAAUUGUAUUGGAGAUAAUCAGUGGGAGGAAGAAUAGAGGAUUUCGUGACCCACACAAUGAGCUAAAUCUUCUUGGACAUGCAUGGAGAUUAUGGAUUGAGAAAAGGCCAAUGGAACUAAUGGAUGAAUCAAUGGACAAUGCAGUUGAUCCAUCUCAAAUAUUAAGAUAUAUUCAUAUUGGUUUGUUGUGCGUACAACAUAGACCAGAGGAUAGGCCAAAUAUGUCUUCGGUAGUUUUAAUGUUGAACGGUGAAAAGUUAUUGCCUGAGCCAACUCAACCUGGAUUUUACACGGGAAGAAAUAACUUGACCAUGACAGAUUCUUCUUUAAGGAAUUUGGAUGCGUGUUCUCUCAACGAAAUGUCUGAGACAUUACUUCUGAUACAUAUGCUUCAUUAUAUGUAUAUUUUGACAACCCUAUAUGUCAGAUAUGAUCACGCCUUAAACAGGAAGAUAGGAGGAAUUAUACUUGGCUGCACUAUAUUCAUCAUCGCCAUUGUAGUAUUUGGAUUCAUAUUUUGCCUUAGGAGGAAUAAACUCAAGCAGUCAGAAACAGAGUACUGGAAGGAGAAGAAUAAGAACGAUGACAUUGAUUUACCAAUAUUCGAUUUUUUAUACAUCUCCGAUGCCACAAAUAACUUUUCUGAGAGUAAUAAAUUGGGACAAGGGGGAUUUGGACCAGUGUACAAGGGCAUAUUAUCAGAUGGGCAAGAAAUUGCAGUUAAGAGGCUUUCCAAAACUUCAGGACAAGGUUUGGACGAGUUUAAGAACGAAGUAAUGUUGAUUGCAAAACUUCAACACCGCAAUCUGGUAAAGCUUCUUGGUUGUUCUUUUGAGCAAGAGGAAAAGCUGCUAAUUUAUGAAUUCAUGCCAAAUAGAAGCUUGGAUUACUUUAUUUUUGAUUCAAUAAGAAGUACAUCAAUAGGUUGGGCUAAGAGAUUUGAAAUCAUUGAUGGAAUUGCUAGAGGACUCCUCUAUCUUCAUCAAGAUUCUAGACUGAAAAUCAUUCAUAGGGAUCUCAAGACUAGUAAUGUUCUUCUUGACAGCAAUAUGAAACCAAAGAUAUCAGAUUUUGGUAUGGCUAGGACAUUUAACCUAGAUCAAGAUGAAGCAAACACAAAUAAAGUGAUGGGAACAUAUGGUUAUAUGCCUCCCGAAUAUGCUGUACAUGGAUCAUUUUCAGUCAAAUCAGACGUAUUUAGUUUUGGCGUAAUUGUAUUGGAGAUAAUCAGUGGGAGGAAGAAUAGAGGAUUUCGUGACCCACACAAUGAGCUAAAUCUUCUUGGACAUGCAUGGAGAUUAUGGAUUGAGAAAAGGCCAAUGGAACUAAUGGAUGAAUCAAUGGACAAUGCAGUUGAUCCAUCUCAAAUAUUAAGAUAUAUUCAUAUUGGUUUGUUGUGCGUACAACAUAGACCAGAGGAUAGGCCAAAUAUGUCUUCGGUAGUUUUAAUGUUGAACGGUGAAAAGUUAUUGCCUGAGCCAACUCAACCUGGAUUUUACACGGGAAGAAAUAACUUGACCAUGACAGAUUCUUCUUUAAGGAAUUUGGAUGCGUGUUCUCUCAACGAAAUGUCUGAGACAUUACUUCUGGCAAGAUAGAUGAUUUAAAAUAAAAUAAAUGAUAUGGAAAAUUGAAAAGUUUACGACCACCAAUCUCUACAAGUACUACUAUAUGUCUGAAAGAAUAUUAUUCACUUUGAAUGUGAGAUAACAAUUGCUAUUAUUCGUUGAUAAAUAUGAUAUUUGGACAGAUACAUAUGCUUCAUUAUAUGUAU